CCUGAAUGGUGCGUAUAUCUAGACCUCGCCUAGCUAGCUUUUAUUUUAUCUCUACAUUUCUGUCGGCGUUUCAGACACGGGGUUAAAGAGAUGAUGAAGAACGUCAAGAAGGCGUCGCCAGAGUUCGCGACAUCUGAAACGUUCGUGUGGUGGGACAUGGACAGCUGUCCACUCCCCAGUGGUUAUGACCCAUGUCGGCUGGGUCCGAGAAUAGACACGGAGUUGAAGAAUCUAGGCUACAAUGGUCCGCUCACCAUCAUUGGCAUUGGUAACCUGGAAGGAGUCCCUCACGACUUCCUGAAAGCGCUCUCUUCCGGUGGAGUCGUUAUUAAACAGCUUCAACUAGGAUCCAACAUGAUUCUAUGUGUGAACGAGGCUUUGAAUUCGUCUGAAAGUCGUUUUCAACCUCCGUUGACAAUGAUGGUCAUAUCUGCCGUCCAUGCUGAUCUAUUGGAAGAAGUCGUUUCCGUGUUUUAUAUUCGUGGCUCCCUUUACAAUCUUCUUCUGGCUUAUCCGUACGUUACCGAACAUGCUGACCCAGAGCCUUCUUCCCUACUAGUCGACAACUUUGGUGGAGAGUGGGUCUGGGAUAGGUUUGGCUUACUCAAAGAUUCAGGGUCUGCCAAUGAGAUUAGGAGACAGGACACAGGCUGUGAAAUGCAUUUUUGCGGAUUAUGCGAUCUUUCUUUUCCCAGCUUUGAUGAUUUCACCACGCACUUCAAAACUCCCCCACAUGCAGAUAAGAUGGAUAAGUAUCUUAGUUACCUUGCGUGGAAGUUUAAUCGUGAAGCAGAAUCUUAUGAGGCCCAUAAGCUUAGAGAGCCUUAUCUUGCAAAAGUGAAGGCAAAAAGGCUAGAGUUUAUAGAGUUUGACAAUUAUUUUAAAGAUGAUGAUGAGGAUGAUGAUAUUCCCAAGACUGAGAAGUCAAAAAGGUUGAAGAAGCCUAAGAUGCAAUCAAAGGGAAAAAGAUUCAAGUUUGGCCUUCUUUGUAAGUCUUCCUCUCUAAAGAAAAAGCCUACUGCCAAGGUGAAGAAGUUAUCAAAGAAGCUAUCAAAGGCAACUAUAAAGCUAUCAAAGUUGGAGAUUGCAGAAGAAGCUUAGUGUUCCCUUCCAAAGAAUGCUACUACAAUGUUCUCCUAGAGAGGCGUCUUUUAUCUUAAUGAAAGAGAGUUGUCUUGUUGUUCUUUAAAGGCCAUUUCGUAUGGUGAAAAGUUUGUACUACUUGUACUAUUAGUUGCUGUUUUCAAGUCUUGUUUUAAAUUUUAUGUUAGCUAAUAC